CUGGCAGCCCGGCGAGGAGGAGCGCGGUCUGUGAGUUUGCUCUGCGCCGGUUCAUGGUUCCUGCAAGCCCUCUAAGAGGCCGAACGCUGCAGCCCCUCCCCGCGCCCCGAAGAGCCUCCUGCGUUCCCUGGCUCCCGGGCCAGCCCCGCGCCGCCCGGGCUCCGGCCGCCGCAGCCCAGUGCCCUCUGCCCGCGGCGGUGGAUGGCAUGAUGGUGCGGGGAAGGCACCUCGGCCUUGGCCAGCUGAGUCGCGACGGCCGCGGGGGCGGCGGCAUUGGCAGCGGCGGUGGUAGCGGGCUCCCCAGCGGCAUGCCAGUGCCCCCCGGGCGUGAUGGCUAGCGGCAGCGCUGGGAAGCCCACUGGCGAGGCGGCUUCUCCGGCUCCAGCGAGCGUCGUCGUCGGCGGGGCCUCCUCGCAGCCGCGGAAGAGGCUGGUGUCCGUCUGUGACCACUGCAAGGGCAAGAUGCAGCUGGUGGCCGACCUACUGCUGCUGUCGAGCGAGGCCCGGCCCGUGCUCUUCGAGGGCCCUGCCUCCUCUUGCGCCGGCGCCGAGUCCUUCGAGCAGUGCCGAGACACCAUCAUCGCGCGCACCAAGGGGCUCUCCAUCCUCACCCACGACGUGCAGAGCCAGCUCAACAUGGGCCGCUUCGGGGAGGCGGGGGACAGCCUGGUGGAGCUGGGCGACCUGGUGGUGUCUUUGACCGAGUGCUCCGCCCACGCGGCCUAUCUGGCGGCGGUGGCCACGCCGGGCGCGCAGCCUGCGCAGCCGGGCCUCGUGGACCGCUACCGCGUGACUCGCUGCCGCCACGAGGUGGAGCAGGGCUGCGCGGUGCUGCGCGCCACCCCGCUGGCCGACAUGACCCCGCAGCUGCUGCUGGAGGUGUCGCAGGGCCUGUCGCGCAACCUCAAGUUCCUGACGGACGCGUGCGCCCUGGCCAGCGACAAGUCCCGGGACCGCUUUUCACGCGAGCAGUUCAAGCUGGGCGUCAAGUGCAUGAGCACGAGCGCGUCGGCGCUGCUGGCCUGCGUGCGAGAGGUCAAGGCGGCGCCCAGCGAGCUGGCGCGGAGCCGCUGCGCGCUCUUCAGCGGGCCGCUGGUGCAGGCGGUCAGCGCCCUGGUGGGCUUCGCCACCGAGCCGCAGUUCCUGGGUCGCGCGGCGGCUGUGAGCGCCGAGGGCAAGGCGGUGCAGACCGCCAUCCUGGGCGGCGCCAUGAGCGUGGUGUCGGCCUGCGUGCUCCUGACCCAGUGCCUCAGGGAUCUGGCGCAGCACCCCGACGGGGGCGCCAAGAUGUCGGACCACAGGGAGAGGCUGAGGAACUCGGCCUGCGCCGUGUCUGAAGGCUGCACCCUGCUAUCUCAGGCUUUAAGGGAGAGGUCUUCGCCCAGGACUUUACCGCCAGUGAAUUCCAAUUCUGUGAAUUAGCAUCCCCCCCUCCAUCCCCUUCCUCCACCCCCAGGCUAAAGGAAGAUACUUAUUCUCUGCCCCUCUCCAUUUAUACCAAAGAAAUCAAAGGUGAAGCUUCACCCCCUCCCUUCUCCCCCGUGUUCAGUGCUCUAGAGGAAGCUUCCAGAAGGUUGGGCCAUGCAUACCCUUUACAGGAGCACUUGGAGGGCCCUCAGUGUCCACCAGCCCAAACUGUAGGGACCAGGAGCCGGAUGUGUAAUCUGCUGGUUGCGGUAUUACCCGCACCCCUUCCCUCCCCCAGCUCCUCCUCCGGAAUUCCUCACCUAAAUCUUAUUGUUCAUUGGCCAGGAAGGAGGUCAUGGGUUCAUUUCUCUUUUUUUGGUCUUUUUUCCCCCCCCUGAUUAAAAAGAAAGGUUACCUCAGUUUUCACUCCUUAGACAUGGAUGUAGCUACCUUUUUUGUAUGUUGGUAUUUUUUUAAGCAAUCGUGAUGGAUUAGGCGUAUCCUUGGUGUGGAAAGAGUAUGACUUUGCCAUGUGAUUUGCAAAUGGGGGGGGAAGCUACUGUGAGUGUGUGUUUUAUUUUUUAAUUUACACUAUAGAGUGAUUUUUCCCCCCUCCAAUGUCAAGUUUUUACCUUGCAUGUACUGGAGUAUUUAUUUCAUCUAUUAAAAUGUUAUGUUUCUCAGAUGGC